AUGGCCACUGAAACCAGCAGUGUCCCCACUGCGCGACUCCAGAGAGUCGCUUCGCAGCCUGAGAACCCCUAUGCACAGCUGAUUGAAGAUCAAUCAAUUGCAAUUGUUCCUUCAUUCAAGCUUGAAUCCGGUGUUACAUUGCACAAUGUUCCGGUUGCCUAUACCACACGUGGAACCCUAUCCCCCGCUGGUGAUAAUGUUUUGGUCAUCUGCCACGCUCUGAGUGGUAGUGCGGAUGUUGCGGACUGGUGGGGACCUCUACUCGGCGGUCCCGGUCAGGCAUUUGAUGUCUCGCGCUUCUUCGUGGUCUGCUUGAACAGUUUGGGCAGUCCAUAUGGUAGUGCCAGCGCUGUAACCUACAAGGACGGCAACCCUGAAAAUGGCUACUAUGGUCCUGAGUUCCCCCUGACCACUGUCCGUGAUGACGUCAACAUUCACAAGCUUGUCUUAGAUGAUCUUGGUGUCAAGCAGAUUGCUGCUGUCGUUGGCGGUUCCAUGGGUGGAAUGCUCACCUUGGAAUACUCCUUCUUCGGCAAGGACUAUGUGCGUGCCAUCGUACCAAUUGCUACCUCAGCACGCCAUUCUGCUUGGUGCAUCAGUUGGGGUGAAGCCCAACGACAAAGCAUCUACAGUGAUCCCAAAUACGAUGACGGCUACUAUCCGUUCAACGACCCUCCUUCCACCGGUCUCGGAGCUGCUCGUAUGUCGGCACUUCUGACUUACCGCAGUCGCAACUCGUUUGAGUCUCGGUUCGGUCGCAAUGUGCCAGACCCAUCCAAGAGAUUAAACAUCAACGGCAUUGAGAAGCAACCGACUCCCCCAACGAGCAUUGGGCUAUUCACAACGAUGGACACCGUGGUGAACGAGGUCCAGUACAUGGAUCCUCAGUUUUCAGGCACCAAGACCUUCGUCCCAGAGGAAGAGUCGAAGCCCAAACUUACCCCAAGUGGUCGUCCUCGCCCGCCUACGUACUUCUCCGCACAGUCAUACCUCCGUUACCAGGGUGACAAGUUUGUGAAGCGAUUUGACGCCAAUUGUUAUAUUGCCAUGACUCGCAAGCUUGACACUCACGAUGUGUCCCGCCACCGUGCCAAUCCUACCGCCGAGGAUACCGUUCUGGAGUCACUGGGACGUAUUGAGCAACCAGCUCUGGUUCUGGGCAUCGAAUCCGAUGGACUCUUCACCUUCGCAGAGCAGCAAGAAGUCGCUGCUGGUAUCCCCGACUCUCGCCUGGAGCGUAUUGACAGUCCCGAGGGUCACGAUGCCUUCCUGCUUCAGUUUGAGCAGGUUAACCGCCACAUUGUUGAUUUCUUCAACGAGGUUCUGCCCGAUAUCAUGUCGAAGACAACCGAUGGUGCCGCAGCCGUAGCCAGCGUCAACAAGCUGACCAAGAGCAGCACUUUUGGCGAGGCCGAGGUGGAGGAUAUCACUGCUUGGUAA